AUGUCAACCGCCAGUUCAUCGCCCAAUAACGACACUCAGAGUCCGCGCCCACCAAGUCGAGCGCAAGAAAUGCAGACGGAGUACACCGCCCGAUAUCCACCAUUGCAAGACCUAAGGCAGCCGGAUCAGACCGAUCGUAAUCCACCAUUGUUCGACCUAAGGCCGCCGGAUCACACCGAUGAAUACCCACUAUUUGAAGACACAAGGGCGCUGAAGCAAGCAAGAUCAACCGAAAAAUCUCGUGCGACCAGACAAGGAAACAAAAUCAUCAAUCACGUGCGUAAUAAAAAAAGUCGCACCGAACUCAAAUUCAUGAAGACAGAAUUUUCCACGACUAUCGCCGACUGUCUUUCAAUUCAUCAGCAAUAUUGUGAUUCGAAAGAAGAAGAAGAUGAACGAGACGACGAAUGGGCGAAAGAACUUGGCGAAGAUGCAGAAACGAUAUUUGAAAUCAUCGACCGUUAUUUAGAAAGAACAUCCCGUCCGCCAUCCGCAGUAUCCAUCGGCCAUGCGUCUCAACGGUCACUCGGCUUCCAGUCAAACGCCACCGUCUAUCCAGCGCAACCGGAUCCGCCCAAUCGACCAGCAGAUCACCAUUCCGUAUCACCAUCCAGCUCAGUCUCAAACCAAGACGCUAAAGCUUUACAAGAGGAAAGGCGUCAGCGCGAAGAAGAAAGGCGUCAACGCGAAGAAGAAAAGCGUCAGCGUGAACAACUAGAAAAGCAGAUCCAACAAAUGAAGAUAGACGAAAAAGAGAAGAUCAAGAAAGCCGUUGAAGAAGAAAGAGAGCGACAAUCCAGCAAGUACACCACAGCUAAUCGAGACGCAGUAAAUGAAGCGGAAAAACGUGCCAACGAGAUAGCUGAAGAAAACAAAAAAAUCAGAACCGCGCUGGAGGUCCAAAAACAAAAGCAAAAGGAGCUGUUUGAAGCCGCCCAAGAAAAGGAUCGGUUGCUGAGGCUAGAAAAAAAAGAAAGGCGUGAGAGUGAAGAAAAACUGAAUCAGAAGAUACAAGAACAGCAAAGCAAAAUUCCCAUCAGUUCUCUCUUAAAACAACCGUACACCUCCUUCCAGCCCACGCAAUUCGAACCAACCAGAGGAGCCAACCCAUUUGACAAUUUGUUCCAGACCGCGUCAAAUCCAAAUCGUCAAACCGAAGAGGAACCAAUCAACUUCAAGCAAUGGACGGCCCACAACGACAAUUUAUUGUCGUCAACGAAAGAUUCCACCGAGUCAAACCACAACACAAGAUCAGUUUUUCGUCUUCCCAAAUUGGACUUAAAACCCUACGAUGGCGAUCCCAAGAAGUGGCCCGACUUUAUUGCAAUCUUCAGAGAUUUGGUCCACUCCAACAACAGCUUAUCAUCAACAGAAAAAAUGGCGUUGCUCAAGCGAUCCUUGUCAGAAGACAUCCGAAAUGGACUAGGCGACUCUCUCAGCAGCUCGGCUUUGUACAGUGAAGCUUUGACCGAGCUCGAAAACACUUAUGGUCAUCCUCAGAUCGUCUCAAGAGCCUACAUCCAGUCUCUGAUCGAACUGCCAAAAGUGAACAACAAUGAUUACAAAACUUUGCUCAAAUUCUCGCAAACUCUCAAUGGAGCCGUUUCAUCUUUGAAGAAUGGAGGUUACGAACACGAGCUGAAAGCAUCCGGCAUCCUCGAGCUAAUUUUGGCCAAGCUUCCAGUGGAGUUACAAAGCAGGUGGGGGAAAAAGAUAGUCAAGAGUCACCCAGUCUGCCUAACCCUUCAAGAUUUCUCGAGCUGGAUCCACCUAAUCGUCAAAGGAGAAAUGAUGGCCAAGCAUUGUUUGAUUUCUCCAGCAUCAUCGCCCCCGUCCAGCAAAAGCAACCAAAAGCCGGGCCGGCAGCAAACGGACCGAAAGCCGAAGCAUCCGCCUUCAAUCAACAUCAUCGGUCACAAACCAGCCGCUCCGCCCUCAACAGCAGCCAAACAAAACGAUGGAAGCAAAACCUUGACGUGCCUCCUGUGCAGAGGAGACCACCGCCUUUCAUCGUGCCCAAAAUUCGCAGCCUUAUCUUUAGAAGAAAGGAUGAAGAUCAUCAAGGAGUUUAACUGCUGUCUACGGUGCUUAACUAAAGGACAUUGGACGAAAGAAUGCUUUAACAAAACGAAAUGCAACUUCGAAGAAUGCACCGCCCAUCACCACCCACUUCUUCACGGCGCUCCAAGCCUCAACGUGUCUUUUAAAGAGAAAGGCGUUGGAACGCACACCGUCGAAGGAGAUUCAAUCACCACCCUGCUGCUAACAAUUCCAGUCAUCAUUGAAGCUAACGGAAUCCAGGUCAACACAGUAGGCAUCUUGGAUCAAGGAAGCCAAGCAUCAUUGAUCCUCGAGAAAAUAUCAAAAAAGCUGAAACUCGACGGUCCUACGCAGUCAUCACCUUUAGCAACUUUUCACGGAAACGAUCCGAAGAAUAUAGUGAAAUGUGUAUCUUUCAAUAUUCUCACCACCGAUUCCAGCCGCUCUUUCGAAGUCAAGUCUGCGUACACAGUCCCGCGUCUACAAAUCCAAACAACCAGCCUUAAUUGGCCGGCAGUCAAACAUCAAUGGAAUCAUCUCUGCGAUAUCGAGCCAAUCAACGCGGACACCAAAGAAAUAGGCGUUCUUUUAGGACGUGAUGUCCUCCGUGUCCACGAUGUGCUAGAUUCCCGCUAUCCAGCCGACGGAGUUGAAGCCCCGGAUGGAAUCAAAACUCAUUUUGGUUGGUGUGUGACCGGACCAGUGGCAACCGCCACUUUGCAUCCACCUCUGCACAUCAACGCGCUUUCCAUCACCCAGCAACUCUCCGAUCAAGCUCUACACGACGUCGUCAAUCAAUUCUGGCUCACAGAAAGUUUCGGUGUUCGCCCGUCAACAUCUUUGCCUUCAUCACUGGACGACAAAGCAGCAUUGAAAAUACUGGAGCAGACGACGCGUCACACUGGAGAAAGGUACGAAGUCGGACUAAUGCUUCGUGAUCCCAAAAUCAACAUUCCGAAUAAUCGUGAAGUCGCCGUUCGUCAUUUCAACUCGCUGGAGAAGCGCUUCGCCCGUGAUCCAGCAUUCGCCGAAAGAUACUCCCGCGUGAUGAACGAAUACAUUUCCCUCGGACACGCAGUACUAUUGGACGUCAACAACUCUAUCCGCAAAGGCUUCACCUGGUACCUUCCGCAUCAUGGCGUCACAAAUCCAAACAAACCGGAAAAAGUUCGUGUGGUAUUCAAUCCAUCCGCUCGUUACAAAGGAACGUCGCUGAAUGAACAAUUGUUCAAAGGUCCCGAUCUGCUAACCUGUCUAAUUGGCGUCCUUCUUCGCUUCCGGCAGUUUCCCGUUCCAAUCUCCGGCGACAUAGAGAAAAUGUACCACCAGGUGCUCGUUCCCAAACAGCAACAAUCUCUUUUCCGCUUUCUUUGGAAAAACCCUGGCGACGUAGGAGAACCGAAAGAAUACCAAAUGACAGUUCACGUCUUUGGUGCCGUAUCGUCUCCAACCAGCUGCAUCUACGCGCUGAGAAAAACAGCAGAAGAUUUUGGCAGCCGCUUCCCCGACGUCGCCGAUUCAGUAUCCAAAAAUAUCUACGUCGACAAUUAUCUAGAUUCCACGGAGACAGAAGAAGAGGCUAUCGCAAAAUUACGUGACGUUUCAGCAUUGUUAAAGCUCGGCGGCUUCAACAUGGUCCAAUGGCUUUCAUCUUCCCGAUCCGUCUUAGCCACCGUUGAUCAUUCCGAUCUUUCACGGUCACUCGAUCUCGACGCCGACAAACUUCCAAUCGAACGGACUCUUGGCCUGCUCUGGAAUUGUCAACAAGACGCGUUCAACUUUAAAUCGUCGAUCAAAAUCCAAGCCAAAACCAAACGUGAAGUUCUCCAAGAAGUAGCUUCCGUCUUUGACCCACUCGGAUUUCUCUCUCCAGUCGUAAUGACAGCCAAAAUCCUGCUUCAAGAAAUUUGGCGAUCCGGCGCGGAUUGGGACGAUCCACUGCCUCCUACCCUGCUUGAAAUUUGGACGGCAUGGGCAAAGGAACUUUCAGCAAUCGCCUCCAUCAAGAUUCCGCGUUGCUUCCGGCUACAAGAAAAGCCCAUCUCCUACGAGCUUCAUGUUUGUUCCGACGCAUCCGAGGUUGGUUUCGGCGCCUGUGUCUACCUGCGAGCCGAAUAUCCAAACGGCCAUUUCCGUCUCAACCUUCUUCUCGCAAAAGCAAGAGUUGCGCCGUUACGCCAGCUUUCUAUUCCGCGUUUGGAGCUACAAGGCGCAGUGCUCGGCGUCCGAUUAUGUGAUUCCGCCAUCAAGGAGCUUGGACCCAUCGCAGCACAAGUUAUCUACUGGUGUGAUUCUCAAACCGUGCUUCAAUGGAUUCACUCAAAAUCAUGCAAGUAUCACGCGUUCGUCGCACACCGGAUUACCGAAAUUAUCGAAAGCAGUGCCGCUUCUCAGUGGCGCCACAUCCCAGGCGAAUUGAAUCCGGCCGAUGAUUGUUCCCGCGGCAUUCCAGCGACUCACCUCACAACUCAACACAGAUGGUUCCGUGGCCCAGAUUUUCUCGCCUUGCCUCAAUCUUCUUGGCCCUCAACAGGCGUGAUAGCCGAACCAUCAUCAGACGAUCCCGAAGUGUCGCCGGCAAAAUGGGUCGGCUUCGUUCAAGUGACCAACGACCAUCCCGUCUUCAACUUAAUUCAACAAUCUUCAAAUUUACACAAGUUGAAACGCAUCGUCGCUUGGCUACUCCGGUUCGUCAACAAUCGUCACAUCAAUCCGAAAAAUCGACAGUUGGCUCCUUACGUCAAAGCUCCUGAACUUCGCGAAGCACUCCGCUUCAUUAUUCGUGUCGACCAACGGCAUUUCUUCGACGACGAGUUCCGGUGUUUGGCGAAAGGACGACCAGUGCCAACAGCUUCAUCCCUGGCCAAUCUUACCCCAUUCUUAGAUCCGUUCGGUAUCAUCAGAGUCGGUGGUCGGCUGCAACACGCGUCUCUGCCGGAAGAUACGAAACACCCAAUUGUGCUAUCUUCCGACAGUCAACUGUCCACUAUGGUCAUCACCGACACACACAAACUUCUCAUCCAUGCGUCAACAGAGCCUACGCUUCACGCACUUCGGGCAAAAUACCAUGUCCUUCAUCCUCGAGCUUCAAUCAAUCGUGUCAUACGAAAGUGCUUUACGUGCAAGCUUCGUAAUAGUCAACCAGCGCCACCACUCAUGGGCCCACUGCCUGCUAGUCGCCUGCAAACUCAUCUUCCCGCUUUUACCAACGUCGGAAUCGACUUUUUCGGCCCAUUUUCCGUCGUCAUCUUGAGAAGAUCUGUCAAGCGCUAUGGUGUGAUGUUUACAUGCCUAGACACCCGAGCUGUACAUCUUGAAGUCGCCGAUUCCCUCGAUAUGGACUCUUUCAUCAACGCUUUUUCCCGUUUUGCUGAUCGUCGUGGCGUCCCUCAACUUUGCUACAGCGACAACGGAACAAAUCUCGUGGCCGGUGAGCAAGAAAUCAACCGUGCCCUUUCCCGCUGGAACGAAGCCGAGUUGGUGCAGAAGAUUGAAAAACUAAAAAACCAACCAAUUGAAUGGAGAUUCAGUCCACCCGUAGCUCCUCACUUUGGCGGCUCAUGGGAGCGAUUGAUUAAAUCCGCAAAAACCGCCCUGCGAGGUAUUCUAAACAAUCGGUCUGUCACCGAAGACGUCCUCGUCACGGCUAUCGUCGGAGCCGAAGCGCUCCUAAAUUCUCGCCCGUUGACUCACGUCAGCGUCAACCCGAACGACUUAGAAGCCAUCACACCAAACCAUUUUCUGCUGCUGCGGGCCCAUUCAGGAUGUAACCUUGAUUAUCCUCCAGGCGCCAAAGUUUCCAGUCGAAGACGUUACGAACAAGCCCAGGAGCUGAUAACGCAUUUCUGGAACCGGUGGCUCCGAGAAUAUGUCCCCAACGGCAUCGAAAGAAGAAAGUGGCUUCGUUCGCGACGGAAUCUGGCCGUCAACGAUUUAGUUCUCGUCGUCACGCCCAAUUCCCCUCGCGGAUCAUGGCCGAUCGGUCGCGUCGUCAGUGUCCAGCAAGGUCCCGACGGAUUCGUCCGAUCCGCCGACGUCAGAGUCGUUCGAGCCAUUCCAACCACCUCCAAGCGUCGCCGUGCAGCAUCUGACGUCACCUGCACCACUCAUCUGUACACCCGGUCGGUCCACAAGCUUUGCCUCUUAGAAGAAGACGAACAAGAUGUUUCCGAAGACGGAAACAGGGCCGGCAAUGUGCAAGACGUCUAA